GCUGGAAGAUUAUGGAAUAUGAUGAAUGAAAGUACUCACGUACCUACCCUGGGAAUUGGUAUCAACACGGAGCUCUCAAACUUGGUCCGACACCACACGCUGGUUAUAAUCAUAUCAUUCGGUUUUUCUAGUGCGUGUGUAUACUUGUUGUACUAUAAUGGCAAUGAGGUGGUUAAAGAUAAAACAAAUAGCACCAUUCUUGGUAUGCGGGUUCUUCAUGCAGUUUAUGUUGAUGAUUUACACUUUCAACGAAGAUGCCGCACGGACGCAUCUCAAGUCCCGUCACAAGACCGUGAAAGAAGUCAGAGGUCCCAACUUCCAUGUCCACCGAGUAGACCAUAUGCCCAUCGAUCUUCGUGAGAACUACGAGAAGAGGAGGCUUCUGAACGAGCUAAACAGGCCGCAUAUUAUUGCUCGUCGAGAACUGCUUAGUUACCAUCGGGGCAUUAACUCGGACGUCCGUCUCGAGUGGCCAACUGAGGACUUUUUAUCCUUACGCAAAGAUGGUGUAAUGUUAAACUUGCAAUGUGGAACAUGUGCAGUUGUCUCUAAUUCUGGUGAUAUGAUUGGUUCACGCCUUGGUAAUGUUAUUGAUGAUGCAGACUGUGUUUUUCGCCUCAAUGUUGCACCUACAGAUGGUUACGAGUUGGAUGUUGGGAGGAAGACUAACCUUCGAAUUGUUUCACAUAGGAGCCUCACAGAUUUAGCAGCAAGUGAAAGAGACUUGUUGGAUAGAAUUCAUCCGAACGGAAUCGUAUUCCAUGGGCCGUCAUUUAAGUUCAACCAAGGCAAUGGGGCUAAGCUUGUUCAACAAUGGACAGCAAGGUAUCCCAACACAAACUUCUAUACAUUUUCACCGACAGCGGAGAAUAAAGCUGAAUUGGCUUUUCAAGAGCAUACUGGCACAUCAAGAGCUUCAUCCGGUGGAAUGUUCUCAACUGGUUGGUAUGCAGUGAUGUUAGCUGGUGAGCUCUGUAACAGCACCAAAGUCUAUGGAAUGGUACCCGAGAACCAUUGCAAAAACAAUCCUGACAGUACUACACCAUAUAGCUACUACAACCCAUCGUCUCUACCACAGUGCCUAAUGUACCAGUACCACGACACCAUAGACACGGGCGGAUACAGGUUCAAUACAGAGAGGGCGAUCUUCAAGUCCUGGACAUCAACUUGGAACCUUGAAUUCCUAAACCCAUCAUGGGAGUGAUUACAGCCAGCAGAAAUCCAAGUCAUUCAUAGCCCAAACCAAAGAACCUACUGCACAUGCUCAUAAGAUGUGCUGGUAAAUAGUUUUAACUGCAGUACUAUCACUGAUUUCAAGAUCACUAAAAUGUAUGUUUUCUCUGACUUUCAACCUCAUUCAUAGAGAUGGAAUACCGGUAUUCCUGAUACAGUAAUAUUUAUUUAUUAACACCAAAAACAUACUUUGUAUUCUUAAAUUCUUAAGUGCAGUGGUGGUUUGAUAGUGAUGGUGCUUGCCUUUAAGUCUGAAGGGCCUAAGUUCAAAUCCUGUUUUCUCACAACCACAGAUAGCCCCACUUGUAUUUAGAAUUGUUACAGAUCAUCAGCUUUGCUAGAUAAAUCACUGCAUGCUCUUAUGUGGUAUAUAAAAAAAAAUCAUCCUAUAACAUGCAUAGAAUUUUUCCCACAUAUGUUGAAUACUGUACAUCAGCAUCUACAUAAGUAUACACUGUAUUUUCCAAAAGUUCCACCUUCCCCUAUUAAUUUUGAUAUGAUUGCAAUAACACAUUGGUAUUUUAUGAUAGUGCUUUGUAUCUUAAGUUGUUGUUGAAUCCUGUGAUAAUUAUCUAGCCCAGAUCCAGGGACCUACCUAGCCCCUGGAGAAAAAUACGAGCAUAAUUUAUGAUCACAUUCAUACUACAAAUGUUGUUGAGACUGAAGGUACAAUUCAGAAUCAACUGAAGAGUUUAAUUUAGUUUCUUUUUUUGCAGAUAUUCCACUUAAUAUAACAGAAUGAAUUAUUCAUUUAAACAUUGCCAUUAUUUUAAUAUUGUAAAUGUAUAAUUAUAAUUUUAUAGUAUUAUUUGAUUAAAUCAAUUUUUAUGAGCUUUCAGUAAUAUAUCUAUCCAUAAAUGAGGAGGUAUUUGUUCAUUCCUAUGGUAUAUUGUUCUACAAGUUUUUUCCACAUUAUACAUUCAAUAGAAGGUAGAUGCUCAUUUCUAUUUAUUUAUUUCAGAUAUUUGAGGCUUAAAUUAGCAUAAGAAUGUAGCAGUAUUAUAUACUUUAGUACAGAGAAGCUGUAAGUUUGGCAAUAGUCAGUCGAUUCCAGUAAAUUACCCCAUCAUAUAAAAGGCCACUUUUCAUUUUCAGUUACUGAUGCUAGUAUGGGGAUAGCAAGCCUCAUUUAUUCUCACAACUCUCAAUUAAAGUCUUGUGUUUUACUUACAUAUUUUUUAUAAAUUUUUAUUAAAAUUUUAUACCAUUUUUUUUUUUUGUGAAAACUUACUGUAUUACUAUUAUGAUUUUUAACCAAAGACUCUGCAAUUACUAACCAGUUGGUUUACCAACAGACCUGCAGGGCCAACCCAGUUAAAUAUUUUGUUUUACUUUUAUUUUGUAUUUAAGAGAAGAUGUUUUUAGAGUGGAGGAAAAAAUACUAAAAUGCAGCUACUCAUUUUAAAGGAGCCCAAAAUUAUUAAGCUUUCAAUUAUUAAAAAUUGACAUUUUUGUCUUUGUUAUUUGCCAUCUCCAUGUUAUCCAUAUUUAAUAUUUUCAUUGUUAGUUUAUAUCGUCUUUUCAACGAAUUGACCCUAAAUUUUGUAAAUAUUAUUGUAAUUAAUGUUGUAUUAAGAAAACAGAAAAUGCAGACCAGAACAUAGUCUAUUACUAUCACUUCAUUUUUUUUAAUGCACAAAGUGGUUUUCUGGAGACACAGGGUAAAUGUAUUAAUUUAAAUUAUGCUAACUUAUCAAGAAAUAUAGAUUUAAGGUUUUAUUUUUUUAAUAUUAUGCCAGGCACUUACUGCGUUCAAUGGUUGUCGGUCGACGCAACGCCACAACGUUCAGACUGCCAACGACAAUCAGCAGCCUGCGUGACUCCCCAGCAUUUGUAUCUUUCAUAAAUUCCCAAGCACUAUUUUAUAAACUUGUUCUUAAGUUUUUCACCUAGCAUAAACAAAUUUUAAAAAAAAAACUAUCAUUUGCAAUUUACUUAUCUUUUAUAUUUAAUAAAAGUUAUAUAUUAUGCUUCUGUAACACUAUGUUAUAUUGGUAGGAACUUAUUAUAAACUACAGGUUUUAUCUUUUUGAUUAUUGUAUAUUCGUUAUUUAUACCACCAAGAUUACAUGUGUAUCUAUCAAUGCAGUUUAUGUAGUUAAUUAGAUAAUUAACUGAAAUGGCCUUUACAAUGCAAAAUAUAUUUAUCCCUUGCUUUUAUAGAUUUUUGAAUUUUGCCGCUUCAAUGCCAAUUUAGUAAAAAACAAUAUUGUAAAUAAAUUUAAAACAAGAAAAAAAAAAGAGUAUUAGGAAGUAAACUUAUUGAAUAAAAUGAAUACUUUACACAGGGAUAUUGAAUUAUUAUUGUUUAUUUUUGUUGCAAAUAUACACACACUUUCAAUGAGUUAAGGUAUUCAACCCCAGGCCAUGGACUAACUCUGUCCUGUCAACGAUUUCAUCCAGCCUGCGACAUUACUCAGGAACGAAUAAUGAACUAAACUAAGCAAAGCCUAAUGCAAGUUGAUGUCGUGAAGUAUUAUGCCGAUGUUAUAAUUUAUUUGUGUACUACGGAAUGAAUUUGAUAGUACAAAGUUGUGUCGGCUCGCUACCGGCCACCAGUUAUUAGAUUCAAUCAAUACACAAGCAAAAACUUAGAUUUCACCAGAAACUGGUGCACGAAUAUUUACUAAUAAUCUACAGUCUUAAAACUUGUUCCAUCUUUUUUUUGUCCAUUUACAGCAUUACAGUACUAUUUAUCAGUAUAUUAGGCAAGACUUUUUUUUAUACCUUAUUACGCGAACUUAAUUUUUUAAAGAGGAGGGUGGGAAAAAAAUAAAAAUUUUGUUUUCUUAUUUAACAAAUAGUUUUGCCUAAAACAU